AUGGCAUACAAUGGUCGGCGGGGUCCGAAUGUAUCGGAAUACAUCGCGAAUCUCAACGCAAUCCCAACACCACAAGAUCUACACAAUUCCAAUCAGGAUACCUACAAUGUAGAUGAUGAAUUGGCUAUGUUCACGAACACCGAAUUUUACGACAUCGACUCGGUUUUGCAGGCACCAAACUUUGAUGGAGUUGGAGCACAAUCGACUGCGGAUAGUGUCGAUUUGGAUUUGAAGGACAUAGAUUUCAGUCUUCCAGGUGAUUUCAAUUUCUCAGACUUCAACACCUUCACCAACAACCACCCUACCAAUUUCGGUAAUCAUGAUGGCAUGCCUCCGGUAAUUCAUCCAAUUCAGACGAACCAUCAAAUCUACAAUCCUCCUCCCUCAUCCGCCGGCUCUCCUACAUCUGCCCUUGUCCCCCCUCAAGUUGGAGAAAAGCGCAAAGCUGAGUCUUUAUCUGAUGGACGAUCCCCCGACUUUGAAGAUGCAUCACGUAUGGCCGCGGAAGAGGACAAACGUCGAAGAAAUACGGCCGCUUCAGCUCGCUUCCGAGUUAAGAAGAAGCAACGCGAGCAAGCUCUUGAACAAUCAGCGAAAGCUAUGAGCGAUAAAGUUGCAGCUUUGGAAGGACGUAUCAAUCAAUUGGAAACCGAGAACAAAUGGUUGAAGAACUUGAUCACGGAGAAGAAUGAGAGCAAGGAAGAUAUUGCCGCAUUAUGGAAAAAGUACAACAAGGAUGCUGGUGACAGGAAAGGCGCUGAACGCAAAGAUGGUGUGGGCACAGAAGCUUAA